AUAAUUAACCUGGGUUAUUUAUGUCUGUCUACGUCUGUGCAUGGAGUGUUCUAUUUCUCCAUGGUCUGUGGGAGCAACACCGUGGGUAUGAAUGGCUGGAUGGAUGGGUGAUUGACAAAUGGAGCCGAGAACGAAGAAUUAACCUGUUCUCUGGGGCAUGCAGUCUGUACAGUGUGCACGUGCAACUAUUUGGCGUAGGAGAUUCCAAGCUGCAUACACGCAGGUAAAGCAAGCAUGACGUGGUUCUCAGUCUGAAAUGCACGCAACAUCAUGGGCGAGGCUGUGGCAUGCUAUUGGUGACGAGAAUUACCCUUUUCCAACACAGACCAACUGAAAAACCCAGACUGGAAGAUUCUGACGAGAACCUUGUUGGGUGAAGGUUUAACAAUUCCUUGACAACAAGCCUCACUUAGUGUAACACCCAGGUGUGCAUCCUGUCUCUCCCUUGGUGUUUUUCAUCUCCAUGAGUUGAAAUCUCAGUGCUACUACUUGUAGGAUGUCGUCUGUAGUGCCUCUGUAUCACAUGGCAUCAGCUGUUGUGGUCCGUACUCUGCUUGAUCAUAAUGAUCAUCUCCAUGAGUUGAAAUCUCAGUGCUACUACUUGUAGGAUGUCGUCUGUAGUGCCUCUACGUCACAUGGCAUCAGCUGUUGUGGUCCGUACUCUGCUUGAUCAUAAUGAGCGUCAUUCAGAAGAAUGCAAGACCAAGGCCCAAGAUCUGAUCACAAAACUCAACAUGAAUUUGUACACAGCAGUCAGUAAGGAUCUGCUGGAGCUCUUUGUUGAUAGCUAUCCUGGACGUCUUCCAGCCUUCCUUCUGCCUGUACUGGCUCCACCCCACUUGAAGGUGCUGAACCUCAAGCAGUGCUGUCUGAUUGAGGAAGAUUCACAGAUGGAGUUCAGGUACCUGAAAAAGACUCUUCAAAGCUGUAGCAGUCUUCAGGCGUUGAUUCUGGACAGUUGUAACCUGGCACUACCCUUGUUGUUAUGUGAUGUCAUCACCCAAAAUGCUCCACAGCUGGUCUCUGUCUCUGUGGAAGAAUGCCGUGGAGUUUCUAAUGAAUUUGUGCAGAAACUUUUGAGAGGACUCCCAAAUCUGAGCCACUUAAACAUAUCCAUCUGUCCAGAGGUCACCGACAACGUCUUUGCAUUGACUGAGACACAGGGCCUACUUGAAGAGAGGACUGGAACACGAGAUGCAGCCAGUUGGGGUUGCAAUCUUAAGAGUGUGGAUUUAUCAGGGAACCAGCAGCUGACGAGUACCUGCAUCCGCCAUCUGACUGAGCUGUGUGGGCCAAGGUUAAGGAACCUGAAUGUGGCUGCUACACGGAUGGAUUGCACGAUACUGUGGUUUCUGUCUGGCUACAGCCUCUCAACAGCAGUACAGUUGGCAGCAGAGGCAAACAAAGCCAAUCUAGAUAAGGAUUCCUCAAAAGGAGAGACAUUGUGUCAGCUGAUAACAGAGUUCAGGCUGCUUCAGGAAAGACUCAAGAAUCUCCAAGAAGAGGGAAGUCAGAGGCAUCAAGAGAUUAGGGAGGCAGAGGGAAGGAAGGUGCUAGAAAAAGGGGAUGUGCACGAUGAUGGUGACAUUGCUACUAUGGUAGAGGAUGUUGGAGUACUGGCAGCAGAAAAACAGGAGAAGAUGAGAGAGGCUGGAGCAGGAUGUCUGGAGAAUUUUCAGAGAAUAGAGGAAGAAAAAGUGACACCUGAAGAUGAGGAAGAUGACGAGGAGAUGGAUGAGGAAGAUCAGAGAGUGCAAGAAAAGGAAUUGUCAGCUCAUACUGGGGAAAAAAUACAGGCAAAUUGUGACAAAGCUUGGGGAUUUGAGAGACAAGGGUUUGACCUCAAAGAAAUAGCACUGAAAAUACAGGAAAAUCAAGGGGACAGAAGUGGGAGUCUUGAGGUCCAGAGAAUAACCAGUAAUAAGACGGAUAAUGAGAAUCAAAAAGGCAGCUUUGAAGGCAGCCAGAAUAAAAAGAUCCUACAUGUACAGGAUGGUUUAGGAGGGAAUGUAGGGGAGAUGACAGAUGAGUCAGUUCAGCAACAGGAUUAUGGCAGAAAUGGUUUAAAUCUUGGUGGCACUAGAGAUGCACAUGGACCAGAUUCUGAAAUUGGACAUUUUGUGAAAAGUGUCAUUGAAUACUCUUGUCAGAGGUUGAGGCAUGAAAGAGAUUCACAACUUUGCUCACACUCUCUUGAACAGCAAAGAUUGGGCUGGAAUGAUGCUGCAAAAUUUGAACAUAGUAAAACAUCACCUCAAAAGGCUGGUCUUCUGGUCAGAGGAAGUGCACAAAUUGAAUUGGAAGAGCAGUGUCUUCAUUGUAAGACACUACGAGGAUCAUACUAUGAGAAAGGAGAAAGACUGGGUGAUUUGGAGGACAGUGCAGGUGAAACAGGUUUAGUGAAUGAGGGGGCCAAAAAUGCUAUAUUAGGAUCAAUGCCUGAGGAUUGCCCAAGCAAUUCAGUGCCUGUCCAGCCAACAGAUAGCUUAUAUACAUUAACUUGGCCAAAGUUAGGCAAUAAUAGUGAGUGUUACAUCUCAGAUUUAGAAGCUGCAAGAAAUCAAAGACUGUCAAAGUCCAGUAUUGAAUAUUCCUUCAACAGGGAUUCUUUACCCACUGCCAGUUUUCCAGAUGAUGCUUGUAAAACAAGACCAGCAGAUUCAGUCAAUGAGAAUGAUCUAAAGGUCUUGCAAGAUACUUGUACCCUUGCAACUGGAGAAACCCUGGAUGAGAAAAAGGCUGCAGUAUGCCCAUGGCAUCGCCUGUACACACCGUGCCUAACAGCCCUGGAUAUGAGCAUCAUCGACUUUGAUGCAACCUUGGUCAUGACAUGUCUGAAGGAGUUCUUUGUGGCAAAUACGCAGCUCCGAAAGCUGACCAUUUGUUGGAAGGAACUGAGCGAUACCAUGCUUGAGAUAAUUGCUGCUGGAGGAGCUGAGCUACGAUCUCUUUGCCUGGUCGACUGUAGCAGCCUGACAAGUUUUGGAGUGGCAAACUUGCUUAGCAAAUGUAGAAAUUUACAACAACUUGAUCUCCAAGGUGUGUGCUAUAUUGCAGAUGCAGCCUUGAUGCCAGUCUUCAUGCAAGGUAACACAUGUAACCUUCACAGUUUGAAGCUCUCAGAGACAAACAUCAGUGACUCCACUCUCGCCCGCAUCGCAAAGUAUCUAGGAGAGAAGAUCACGACUUUAGAAAUUUCCUGGUGCGAAGAGAUCAGUGACCAGGGGCUGGCAGAGAUUGCUAAACACUGCACUGCCUUAGAAACACUGACACUUCGCCAGUGCUCCAUGCCAGCAAACACCCUCAUGUCCCUAGCUUGGAACUGUACUGGUCUGGUCUUUCUCAACAUGUCUGGCGUGGAGAACUUGACAGAUGGGGUGGCCCAAGCUAUGAUGCCCAAUCUGAGACACUUGAAAAACCUGGACAUCAGCUGGAAUUCAGACCUGACAGAUGCAGCGAUAUCAUCAGUGUUGUCUUGCUGUCCUCUUAUAGUAGAGCUCUACUUGAUGGGACUCAAACGCAUAACAGAAAAGCCAUUUAUGCCCAUCAUAUCAGAAUUGGCAAAAUGGCAGCGCUGUAAGAAGUUAAUCAAACUGAAGAUGACAGAAAGGACUCUUCUCCAGAGGAAUGGUGUGGAGCAGUUGUCAAGCGAUGAGGAAUACGAGGAUUUAUUUUCCCCAGUGAGGUCGACUUGCUAUGCCCCAUGUCUACGCACCCUUGAACUGCAGUACUGUGAUCGAGUCAGUGAUGAUCUUCUGGCAGAGCUGGUGGCUAUCUGCCUUGGUGCACUCUCCAUUAUUGACUACUAUGGUAUGCAGAUCAAACCAAAGCUAUUGAGAUGGAACACACCCGAUACCUAAGCAAACUUUGUCUGACUUACUCUGUGUUUCAGUAGAGAUACUGAAUAUUUUCAGAUUGUUUGAAAAUUGAUUAUUGUUAGCAGCCUCACUUGACAUUUUGUAGUGAAUAUCAAGCAGUGUGUGUUCAUUUAUAAGUUUGUAUAGGUUUUCUCAGUCAAUUUUAGCAAAUGAGCAGCCAAUUUAGUUUUCUUGCAUUCAAAUUAAACCGAUUUUGCUUCUCCAGUUUUUACUGUUUCAAACUCUGAAUUCAAGCAUUCGAUUUUGUUUUGAGGCAUUUCAUUCCUUAAGCAGUGUGUUCAAUUUAGCAUUUUGUUCUUUCUCUUGAUGCACAGUCGUUCAAUAAUAGCAGAUCUAGAGAUUUGUACUCAUUUGUUUGAUUUCAAUUUUACAAGGCAAUCAAUUUCCCAAAUGUGAACAAACAGACAACAAACUGAUUGCACUAGACAACCGUUUCAUAUCUUCACUUCAGUAACGACUGUCACACUUUUUAACAAUUUUAUUUGGGCCUAUUGGUCAUUUUCCUUUUUUUAAAUUUUACUUUUUUGGGUGAGGGGGGCUAGUCCUUUUGGUUGACUGACCAAGACCUAAUCCUUUGGGUUUAUAUUUGUGAAAAAUUGAAGUUUGUUAUUGUUUGGUUGCUUCUUUUUGUUAAAUCCUGAUUUCUUAUUGUUUAUGUUGUUUCUUUCUGUACCAUCAAUCUGUUGGCAUGCCAGACAUCUUGGCAUGGAUAUUUGGGUAUGGUUAUACCACCAGAUGCGCUUCAAUUUGGUGCUGGCAUCAACACUCUCAAUGGAAGCUUGUGUUUUAGAUUGCACAAAUGAAAUAAAAGUUUGUCCAAUAUGCCUUGAAAAGAUCCUGCAAAUUGGGAAGCUGUUCUGUUGAAUUGUUAAAUUGAAUGAUUACUUUGUUCAAUGGAAUGACACAGCAGUACCUUUACUUUGUCACAGCAAAAUGUUGUGCACUAUGAAGUUAGUAAGUGUACAGAUUACAAGCUUGUCAACAGAAGACGGCAAACACGUGAUUAAGUUUUGAGUUCUUUGUACAUAUCGAAGACAAAUGAGUGCAAUUUGUCAUUCAGUCAAAAUUCAGUGAUGUGUUGUAUUCAUUGAAAUCAGGGCAGUAAAAGAAUGGGUAAGUUUAACCCAAGCCAGUUCCAUAUUUCCACUCCAUUGCCGUUAGGAAUCAGUAGUUACUUUGUGACCUUCAUUGCCAUAGAGAAUUUGAAUACAUGUACAUGUAUCUUGAGAAAAAAUCCCAUCAUUUUAUACAAGCUGUACUGUAUUUUUUUCCAUGCGUUAAAUAAAAAAAUGUACACGUAUUUUUCCCUAAAAUUAUCGUCUUUAGUGAUGCAGAAUGGCACUUUUUCUAAAAUCAGAGUGCUUGUUAUAGUAAAAUAUAUGUACAUGUGCUUUCAAAUUACAGUAGGCUCGUUAUAACUAAUAAGGUUAUGAUUAAAUUCCUGUUAUACAGGCGAAAUUGUA